CCCGGAUCCCGCAGCCAUCCCCAUCAUGAGCCCCACAAAGAGCCUCACGGCCCCGCUCCCGGGCACAUCCCGCUGCCGGGCCCCGGGGAAUGGAGAAUGGAGGAUGCAGGAGGAGGAGCCCCGGGGCUGCCCCGUCCUUCCCCGCCCCGCCGGAGCUGAGCUCCUCCCGCUCAACAUGGCUGCCGCCCUGGGAAGGUUCCUGAGGAACGCGGUGCCCGCUGUUGGGAGGAGGCUGACGGAGCGGCCCCUGCCCUGUGCCCGCCGACAGUUCAGCCUCGGCUCCGCUCGGUUUGCUCCAGCGGUCACCCAGCACGCUCCGUUUUUUAAGGGAACGGCUGUCGUCAACGGAGAGUUCAAAGAACUGAGCCUGGAUGAUUUCAAGGGGAAGUAUUUGGUCCUCUUCUUCUACCCCUUGGACUUCACCUUUGUCUGCCCCACAGAAAUUGUGGCUUUCAGCAACAAAGCAAAUGAAUUCCAUGAUGCAAACUGUGAAGUUGUGGCAGUUUCUGUGGAUUCUCAUUUUUGUCACCUGGCCUGGAUAAACACACCACGAAAGAGUGGUGGUUUGGGCAAAAUGAAUAUUCCAGUUCUGUCAGACCUCACAAAACAGAUCUCCCGUGACUAUGGUGUGCUGCUAGAAGGACCUGGCAUAGCACUCAGGGGUCUCUUCAUCAUUGACCCCAAUGGGAUCAUCAAGCACCUGAGUGUCAACGACCUCCCCGUGGGUCGCAGCGUGGAAGAGACCCUGCGCCUGGUGAAAGCAUUCCAGUUUGUGGAAACACAUGGAGAGGUUUGCCCAGCAAACUGGACUCCAGACUCCCCUACAAUCAAACCGAGCCCAGAAGGUUCUAAAGAAUAUUUUGAGAAAGUACACACAUGAACACUCAAAUAUGUGGACAAAACUCGUAGUUGCCAAGCACGUGAAGACAUUAGGAAAGCAGCUGUGAUUAUGAAAAGAAUAACAAUAAUAAUAAUAAUAGUAAAGGUUAUUUUCUGAUGCUUAAAAAAGAAAAAUAAAUGUUGAAAUAUUUACUGA